GUCUAGCGACACAGUGUACGCUUAGGAGAAAUGUCAGUUCUCCAAUCAACACUCGGCAACCUUACGGUAAUGCUCGAAUAGACGUACACAAUGGACCUACAACCUUAAAUGACAUUUUGAGGAAGUAAAAUCUCCGGCAUUGAGGAACACGAUUAUGCCAUAGUGCCAGUUGUUGUCAUUUCGUUCAUGAGCGCUGAGACACAGAUCCAACACUUGGCAAAUAUGUCAACGUUCGGUCAUACUCAUUUCUGCUACUCGGGUAGAACAAGUAUGGAUACACACAAUAUUGCUGGAAACUGUCCCUGCCCGCCACCUUACAAGUCAUUGCUUUCACCGCCACCGCUUUUCAACUGUCGCAACACGGAACUCCCUACACCAACAGAGCCAACAGACGUUUUUCCACCAGAAUUCCCUAUCCCUACACCAACAGAGCCAACAGACGAGUGCGUGCUCAUAAUAGUUAUCAUUAUCGCCAUCGUUGUCGUUGCACUGGUGGUGACCGGAGUCCUGUUAUACAGGAGAUACAUUCGAAGAAGAUCAAAGAAAGAAACUGAGAAACAAGUCAGUGACGACAUCAAAUCUUCUCAGUGCCAUGAUGUUCAAGAUGAAGGCUUCAUUCAAUUGGAAAUCCAAGAUAAUGAUGUAAAGCACGCCAUCAUAAAUACAGAUACACCAAAUAAAAAUGAUAUAAAAUUUGGCAUCAUAAAUAAUGAAACGUCAAAUGGAAACUGUGUGAAGUAUACGGUCGCAGACGGAAACAUACCCAAUGAAUAUGUAAAUGUCGAACCCCUGAAAGAACAAACCAAAUGAAACGACACAUAUACUAAUAUAUUAUAAUACUCUUAUUCCUUCCCCUGCUAAUGUUUUAAAGUUGCACUGCGAGUGAUAUUUGUAUGUAUUGAAAAGCGACACAUGUGUUGGUAUCAACUUGAAUACUCGCGAAGUGCGAGAAUUGAUCAUCGGCAUGGAUUGACACAAUAACUUCAUGUCACGUA